AAUUGGGUUUAUUUUAUUAUCAUAUUUUAAUCGUUUCAUUGUUUCAGUUGUCUGAAAAGACUGGCUCAGUCUGCUCGAAACCAUAACCAAACCAUGUCAUUACACAAAGUGAAGCUGCACUGUCCUACGUGUCGACAGGAUUCUCUGGCAAAACCCAUCAUAAAAGAGGAUAUUUCAGUAUCAUUUGCAUUAAGAGAUAUUGUCGAUGGUUGGAAAAAAGAGAAAGAACGGUUUUCUACAAAUGGAUGUGUGUCUUUAAGAUCAGUUUCGUCCCAAACACCAACCAACGAUACAAAAUGGCCAAGCUAUAAAAUAAAAAGCUUGGUGAGCAGAGAUGAAAUGCAUGAACGACUGAUUCCUGACGACGAAUAUAUAUCCAAGGCUCUACGGGUUACCGAAUCUGAAGAAUCCAUCGAAGAAGGCCUAAAUAUUAAAACCUACAGCACCUGUUCAGAAACUCAACAAGAUAGUACAGAAAAUGAAAUUGAUUCGGACUGGGAAAAUUUUGAUGAUCUCGACCACGAAGACGUUAACCAUGAUCAAGCUAAUCAGGUUCAGCCUGGAGAGGGUGAUGAUGGGUUCCAAAUAAUGUGGUCACCCGAUGUCAGCAUUCAUCUAAAAAUGUGAAAGAAUUUUUGCCUAAAAAUGGAUUAACAAUAUGUUGUGAUUGCUAUAUGCAAAGAAAAUAUGGUCAAUACAGACAUUUGAUUAAAUUUAAAGGAAUGUCAAUCAGGAAAAGUAAUAAUUAUAUGAAAAGGAAUGGCGAUGAGUAUUUAUUGUGUGAUCAAAAAGGUUCUGUUGGUAUGAAGAAACCCCAUGGAACCUAUCAUGGUGACAACACAGAUAAAGACAAGAGACAAACCACCAAAAAUAUCAAUAACAAUGACAUUCCAAUAGAAAACAACCAUGUUCCAUAUAAAGCUGUCAUUUUAGUUAUACUGGCUAUUAUAGGUCCCCUAGUUAUAAUUAAUGACCUGGGGUUUACAUUUAUUUCACAUUCCCUAAAAUCUACAUUCCAAAAACAAGAAACUUACUCUACACAUGAAGAUGAAACUGGUUGGCAUAAAGCAGACGACUUUACCUUGAACAAAUAUUCAACAGACAUUUGCUCAAUUGAGAGAGUUUCUGUACAUGAUAUCAGCCAUGAAAAAUUUGAAACCGAAUACAAACACAAGAAACCGUUAAUUAUCCAGUUUACACAAGGAGCUUCCGACUGGACAGACGUCAACCAAUGGAUACCGUUUCAGUUGAUAGAGAAAUAUGGCUCACAUGUUUUAUAUUCUGGUAAACCAAGAGAAAUAGUCCGACAUGGUGGAAAUGGUGAUACAGAAACAAGAUUGGAUUAUUUUAUCAAUGAAUUAAUGACUUCCUCUUAUAAUGCUUCAAAUAAAACAGAUUUGUAUGUUUUCGAUCGUUAUUUUUUCAAAGAGUCCAACCUUUAUAUCAAAGCACCACCAUAUCUUGAACAGCAAGAUGGUGUUGAUGAUAGUAUGUUUUUUUUGGGAGCUUCUACAAGUGGUGUUAGCUUCCAUAAGCAUGCUGAAGGUUGGAAUGCCGUUAUAUUUGGUCAGAAACGAUGGUUCCUUUAUCCUAAAGAGAAAACUCCACCUGGUGGUAUGUAUCCAGGUUAUUCUCAACUGGAUUGGUUUCACGAGGUUUACCCAAAGUUAGACGAGUCAAAUAAACCUGUAGAAUGUAUUCAACGUGCUGGAGAUAUGUUAUAUCUACCAGAGAGUAUGUAUCAUUCUACUAUAAACCUUGGACAUACAGUAGCUAUAGGUAUACAAAAAAUACAAGCUGUGUCACAGAUAGAAAAAUUAUUCUAUAAAGAUAACAAACUAGAAAGACAAGGAUUAAUCGUGGAAAGAUUGUCUAUUUUGAAAAAGCUGUAUCAACUUAUUCCAGAAAAUGCUGAAGUCCACCUAAAGUUGGGAUCCGUAUAUGAAGAUUUAUCAGAUAUCAAAACAGCUGAGAAAUAUUAUCAACAAGCCAUUGAUAUUGAUCCGUUUUUUCUGGUUGCUAUUUUAAAUAUGGCUCGAGUUAAAUCUAAAUUGAAUGAAAAGGAUGUUGCAGAUACCAUGUUUCGGAAGGUAAUAAAGAUGAAUCCUAAUAUGUGGGAUAGUUAUGCUGCGUAUGGAUCAUUUUUGAUAGAACUACAGAAAUUUCAAGAAGCACUGUUGAUCUUUAAAAAGGGAUGCGAAUUGCAGCCAAACAUGCACCCAUUUUGGGAUUAUUUAAGAUAUUGUCAAGAGAGUGUUGGAGAUUGGGAAGGAGCUAAACAUUCCAAGGAAAAGAUGAGCAAACUGAGUAAAAGUUAAACCUUGCCCUUUUUCAAGUUUUAGAUACAAAUUAUAAAAAACAAAGUAUGAGUUCUCUCCCUUGAAAUAUAUUGCAGCUGACAUAUCUCUGGGAGAAAAAAGAACCAAUAUACCAACCAGCUGGGUACCGGACUGUAUAACAGUCUCUCUGCUGCAGACAAGUUUUGUGAAACAAAGUUAUUUCUUCCACUUUUUAGCACUUAUGUGUGCUAUUACCUAGAUAUUCUCAAUCCUUGAAAUUGCUAACAGAUAACUUAAACAUUUUCCAAAAUGGAAAAUUUUUAUAUUUCUUACAAGACAUAUAGAACUAGA